AUGGCUCUUGGAGCCUCUCCCAACUUCGUCCGGCUCUUUUUCCUUUCAGCGGCCACGUGGAGUUCAUCAAUUUCUAUUUCAGUCGCAGGAGGUAACGGAAGAGUGCGUCGCCAUCGUGACAUUGCGAUGCCGGAGCUACAUAUGGACCAAAUUGAUGCGGACGUUGCGCAGCAGAAUGCCGAUGCAAACGCCUUUAUUGAGUACGCGAGUUCAUCAUGGAGCGAACAGCGGUCUCGAUCAUUCGUAGAGAGACUAUUGGCAACCUAUAACAGUGAUGGGCCCACCGCACAAGAUAUGAAAGAUGCUAAGAAAUAUUUCUACGAUACGCAUCCAACAUUCAAGCCCGACGAAGGCGUUGAUGUGGCGGCUUUGCAUGGGCUAGACGAACGGAUUUUGACGCGAACAGCCAUUGAGGCAUUGCCAGAACCGACCAAGAUUCUGCGUGGAGACACUGACAACGGUGGUCAGCAGCUGAUUGGUCUUACUGAUGUUCAGCUGGACGACAACGUUGGUUGGCAGCCUUUGGUCGACUGGUUUGAUAAGAACCCAGAGGGUACCCCACUCGUCGCAAUGGGAUACUGGGAUGUCACCUUCGACCCACAUCUUGCAGGUUCAAUGCAUGGUGUCAAGCGGACGGAAUUUCAUCCUGCGGAUCGGAUGACAAUGCUGGGUCGCAAGUGGCAGGAAGCGAAACCCCGCAUGAAUGGUCGGACUUUUACCCUCUAUGCAGGAACCGAUGAGAACUGGGGGCUGUUUUCAACGUGGUAUCCCAAUCGCACGAUUACUUGGCAGAAGCCGUCUGACAGAUUUUAUACAACAGUUGAGAGAUUCUUGGACUGUCCUGAGGUAAAUCUUGUCUUCCACAGGCAACACUUUAAUCUGGAAGCGGAUUUCACCCACCCGAAAAUCGUGCCAGUUCCGCUAUCGACGAAGGACGGCGGAUAUGACAACGAUCCUGUCUUCCUUGAGCUUCGCAAGCCAGAGGCAAAGACUGAGCUGAAAACAGCAUGGCUCGGUAUGUAUAGUUCCGAGUGGGGCGGCCGAUUCAGGAUCCUUAAUGACUUCAAAGUUCGUUACGGAGAUGACUUGUCGACUGUGGAGAAGGUGAAAGAAACUAUGCGUCUCCGACACCCGCACGAUAAGGCCCCUGCGCGUGUUGACCAAGCCGCGUAUUUGGCAGGUCUCCGGGGUAAUCGUUUCCAGCUUUGUGUAGCGGGGCUUGGCUUUGAUACUUACAGGCUGUGGGAAUCCCAAAGAGUCGGCACCAUACCAAUUGUUGAGCGAGGCUUCGGCUUUGAUCGGCUGAUGACACGGCUGCCGGUCCUGAUCGUAGACGACUUCGACAAUCUGUCAAUGAGUUUUCUCCAGGCGAUCUAUCCGUAUUACUUGAAACACGCAAAAGACUACUUGUGGCAGGUGCACGAAUUCGAAUUCUGGCGUCGCGCGAUGAAGUCGCAAACCCUGGAAGAUGCACUCAAGGAGUUCCCUUUCCCAUCACUUCCUCCGUAUUACCGACCGUACGAGACGCCGUGCCCUUCGAGAAUGCAUUUGGUACAGGUCAAUUGCCCCAGGGCCGACACGCUUGGGUCGUGCACUACCUGCAAGCUGAGCAGACAAGCGGAGCUAGAAGAUGAAAUUGCAGCUAGGAUUAGCAGACAUCGGAGCUAG